ACACUCAUUAUCCAAAACAUUCCAAAAUGCAAGCAGCAGCAGCAGCAGCUCUCAGCAUUGACCCUAUUCCUACUCUCUCUCCCUCCAAAGCAUUGACCCUAAGGCUUGGCUGCUCCACUGCUUCCCGUGGCCGCCGCCUUUCGAUCAAAGUAACCGCCACCACCUACGACACUUCCAUUGUUGACUACAGCUUUAUGCUCUCUGUGUUUCCAGCAGAGGCGUGUGAGACAAUAGGUGGAGAUGCAUGUGCUGCAGACAUAUACCCUGAAGUGAGGCUACAACAAGAGGCCAGAACCAACUCUCCUAGGACCACAACCGAGUCAGUAUGCAGAGAAUAUAUUGAAUACAAUGAUGCAAAAACGGUUUUCUGCGCUGAGGCUUGUGAUGAUCUGGGUGGAGAAUUCUGUAGCCGAGAGUAUCAAAGGGGAGUGUAUUAGAAGCUAUUGACCUAGUCACCAGGAUCCUCUGCAGCUUUGAGCAUUGGAGAUAUAUAUGUAUGUAUAUACAAGUGUAUAACUACAUAUAAACUUCCAUAAUU